AUGCUACGUUUUUGUCCAACUUGUGGUAAUGUUUUACAUGUAGAGGAAGGUCCUACUUGUUUACGUUUUGCCUGUAAUACAUGUCCUUAUAUUUGUAAUAUUAAUCGUCGAGUGAGCAUUCGUACAUAUCCAAAGUUGAAAGAAGUUGAUGAUGUUCUUGGUGGAUCUGCUGCAUGGGAAAAUGUAGAUGCUACAGAUGAACGAUGUCCAAAGUGUUCUCACAUGAGAGCUUACUUUAUGCAAAUUCAAACUCGAUCUGCUGAUGAACCAAUGACAACUUUUUACAAAUGUUGCAAUUAUCAAUGUGGACACAACUGGCGAGAAUAA